CCCUCCAGCCAUCCUGAGGGUUCCCGGGUUUCGUCCCCCCACUGUAGGGGUCCUCGUAAGCCCGGGCAGGGGCGGGGCGGGGCCUCCCUCUCCCCCCCACCCCGGGGAGGGGUCUCCCCGCCCCUUUGGAUUCAGCCUAGCGGAGAUGAAACCUGAACCCAGGUUGGGGGCGGGGCUGGCUCCCGCUCCGACCGGGCUGGCCUGCUCCUUCAUCUCCCCUUUGCCUGCACCCCAGCCGUCUUCUGAGAGAGUAAGGUCGGGAUCCCCAAGACGCUGGAGCAGGGCCCGCGAUGGAGCCCACAGCCCGGGGUCGCGCCCCGCCGUGAGCACCCCCUGCCCACAGCCAUGCUGCCCCGAGGGCGCCCCCGGGCGCUGGGGGCCGCAGCACUGCUGUUGCUGCUGCUUGUGAUCGGUUUCUUCCUGUUCCGUGGGGACCUGGACUGUGAGCGCAGCGAGCGGGAGGCGAGUGGGGGCGGGGGUGACCCGAGAUCCUUACCCAGGUCGCUAACGCCACGUGUACUUCCAGACGAGCGGCCGCGGCCGCGGGGGACUGCUGCCUUCGACGGAGACCCGCCGGCAGACCCCGGGGGCCACAACGGCUCGGAUUGCAUCCCGCCGCGGCCGCGGCCGCCCAAGUGCGAGCUCUUGCAGGUGGCUAUCGUGUGUGCGGGUCAUAACUCCAGCAGAGACGUCAUCACCCUGGUGAAGUCCAUGCUCUUCUACAGGAAAAAUCCACUGCACCUCCACUUGGUGACUGACGCCGUGGCCAGGAACAUCCUGGAGACGCUCUUUCACACGUGGAUGGUGCCUGCUGUCCAGAUCAGCUUCUACAACGCUGAUGAGCCACAGCCCCAGGUCUCCUGGAUACCCAACAAGCACUACUCUGGCCUCUAUGGGCUAAUGAAGCUAGUGCUGCCCAGCGCCCUGCCCCCUGACCUGGCCCGUGUCAUUGUCCUGGACACAGAUGUCACCUUUGCCUCCAACAUUGCAGAGCUCUGGGCACUCUUUGCUCACUUUUCUGGCGUGAUCCUCCUGCGGCUGGACCGGCUCCGGCAGGCUGGCUGGGAGCAGAUGUGGAAGCUGACAGCCACACGGGAGCUUCUCACCCUGCCUGCCACCUCACUGGCUGACCAGGACAUCUUCAAUGCCAUAAUCAAGGAGCACCCGUGGCUGGUGCAGCCCCUGCCCUGCGUCUGGAACGUGCAACUGUCAGACCACACGCUGGCUGAGCGCUGCUACUCAGAGGCAUCCGACCUCAAGGUGAUCCACUGGAACUCACCAAAGAAGCUUCGCGUGAAGAACAAGCAUGUGGAAUCCUUCCGCAACCUCUACCUGACCUUCCUGGAGUACGAUGGGAACCUGCUGCGGAGAGAGCUCUUUGGGUGCCCCCGCCCGCCCCCUCCUGGGGCCGAGCAGUUGCAGCGGGCCCUGGCGCAACUGGACGAGGAGGACGCAUGCUUUGAGUUCCGGCGGCAGCAGCUCACUGUGCACCGUGUGCACAUCACCUUCCUGCCCCACAAGCCACCGCCCCCCCAGCCCCACGAUGUCACCCUGGUGGCCCAGCUCUCCAUGGACCGGAUGCAGAUGCUGGAAGCCCUGUGCAGGCACUGGCCGGGCCCCAUGAGCCUGGCCUUGUACCUGACAGACGCAGAGGCCCAGCAGUUUCUGCGUUUCGUGGAGACCUCGGUGGUGCUCUCCGCCCGGCAGGAUGUGGCCUACCACGUGGUGUACCGUGAAGGUCCCCUCUACCCCAUCAACCAGCUUCGCAACGUGGCCUUGGCCCAGGCCCUCACACCUUACGUCUUCCUCAGUGACAUUGACUUCCUGCCUGCCUACUCCCUCUACGACUACCUCAGGGCCUCCAUCCAGCAGCUGGAGCUGGGCAGCGGGCGGAAGGCAGCUCUGGUGGUGCCCGCAUUUGAGACCCUGCACUACCGCUUCAGCUUCCCCAGUUCCAAGGCCGAGCUGCUGGCCUUGCUGGAUGCUGGGUCUCUCCACACCUUCAGGUACCAUGAGUGGCCCCGGGGUCACGUGCCCACAGACUAUGCCCGCUGGCGAGAGGCUCAGGCCCCAUACCACGUGCAGUGGGCAGCCGACUACGAGCCCUAUGUGGUGGUGCCACGUGACUGCCCCCGCUACGACCCCCGCUUUGCGGGCUUCGGCUGGAACAAGGUGGCCCACGUCGUGGAGCUGGAUGCACAGCCCAGGCAGCGACUGUCCACGUGCCCCAUCCCCCAGGAAUACGAGCUGCUGGUGCUGCCGGAGGCCUUCGUCAUCCACCUGCCGCACGCCCCAAGCCUGGACAUCUCCCGCUUCCGCUCCAGCCCCACCUAUCGUGACUGUCUCCAGGCCCUCAAGGACGAGUUCCACCAGGAUCUGUCCCGCCGAUACGGGGCUGCUGCCCUCAAAUACCUCACCGCCCUGCAGCAGCCCCGAGGCCCCACCUGACGUCACACCUGCCCCCGCACACUCCCUGCAGACAGCACACUCCCUGCAGACACACUAGCGACCUUGCUGCCGCCCCACCCUCCCUGCUAUUUAAAUUAUUUAUGGUCUCUGUGGGAAGGGCUGGGGCGGCGCCUCCCUUCGCUGCUAUCCUAUGGCUGGGGGGUCUAGUGAUCCGCUGCCCCAGCUGGUUUGGGGCUGGUUCCUGCAUCCUCACCUGUGACACCCCUUUUUCACAAGUAAAGUUUUAACAGUUCCUUUUCAUGUUCCUCUUGGUUUGGGGCAUGAGGAAGUGAGCCUGGGGAGGUGCUGAAUCUGGCACGGAGGCUGCCGGGACUGGAGUGCGUCCUGUCCACCCUCCCCUGCCCCAAACCCAACACCAUGAGUCUGAGAGACUUUAUUUGGCUUUAUUUAGUAAAAUGUUAAAAUAAAUAAAUACAAAUUGAUCAGCUGCUCUGUAUCCCCCCCACCCCCUCAAAACAAAAAUCAAACAAACAAAAACAAAAACUUUGAAGCACAAAACUCCAAAUACAAGUUCUACCAAGACUGAAAUCACAAAGGGCCUGGACAAGAGACAGGUUGGGAGCUGGCUGGCUCUUUUCUGCUCAGAGCUUGCUGACCUCCGGCUGCCCGUCCUGUCCUGCCUUACUGCAGCUUACCCUGGGCUGAGGACCCAAUGACACCGGAGAGAGGAGCAGGGGCCAGAGACUGCUGAGGGGACAGUGGAGUCCUCAGGGAAGAAGAGCCUUUGGGAGUGGGGAGUGAAGUGAAUUUGUGAGCCCUGCUCUUCCUUUACAAGUGCUAUUUUCAAGAGCUCCACCGGGGUCAGCUUCCUUCCCCUUUACUCUGGUGGGAAGGCCAAGAGGAAUCUUCUCAAAGGCCACCCCGUCACUUCCUGGAAAGGAGCUGAUACUGAAGACGGCUUGAAGUCAGGGUGAGAACGGGUCUCCUGUUUCCUGCCAAGGGUGCCCAGCUGAGGGCUGGGGGUGAGGUCCCCAGUCUUUUAGACAGAGCAAGGUUGCCUCCAUCCAAGAGAAGCCAUGGAAUCUGGAGAACCCAGGGCCUGGAAAAUGUACCUGGGCCACCAUCCAUCCUGAUACCAAAGAGCCUUUUGCCCCUUGGGGUAAAAGUCUCCUAAAUUAAGCCCUUUGGAUAAAUAAGAAAGACCAAACCCUAAAAGGGAGGGAAGGGAGGAAGCCACUUUUGAGUGUGCUGUGUGAGUCGUGGGUUGGCACGAGAGCGCAAGCAGGCUCCGCUGGCCCCAAGAGAGUAAGUGUCAGAGAUGGCUGGAGAGGCAGCUGCACACGCAGAGACCGAGGGGAGCAGGAUAUGCGACCACCCUCACAGGAGACGUGUGGGGUGAGCAACUGCGCCCAUGCACACCACCUGUCGAGCCUGAGCCAAGCAGCAGCGGGGACAGAGGCGGGCCUGUCGGGAAACCGGGCACUCACAUGGCGCCGGCUGGAGGCUGCCACGGCCAUGUUACAGGCCCCACACAGGUAAGGCCCACGAGGGGCUGCCCCGAGCUUGGUCUCCCCGCCAGGCACGACCAGCAGGCUUGCGCCAAAAGCGCCCGAUAAGGAAGGAAGAAAGCGGAACUCUGGAUGAGCUCAGCAGCGGUGAAACAAGACCCAGCAGGCUCCGUGAAAGAAAAAGGACCCGCAGGCCACACUGGCAAGAACAUGAGCAGGGAUGAUGACAGCAACAUGACCUCACUGUUUCCAGGGCGCGUCACCUGAGCCACGGGACUGACAAGGGGCGUCCUGAUCCAGGGCCCGGGGGGCAGCUCCUACCUAGAGCCAGACCAGCCGCUCCCUGGCCUCUGAAGUGACUGCAGGCCAGCUGCUCUCAGGUGUGUCUGUCAGCAGCUACGCUGGGGCAUGGGGAAAAGCAGCA